AUGACCAAGUCUAAGUCUAAGAGCAAGAAAAGCGACAAAGGAAAGGAAAUUAAUAAUCCGUCCAACGCUGGCGACAGCAGAGUGAGUGAAGUGCAUCAAAUUUUAUUACGAAUUCACUGAAGCCUCGUCGCUUGAAGGUCGCCAUUUUGGAUGUGAUUCACGUUCGGGUGAAGGAACACAUGUUUUGUGUUCGAUUAAUAGUUGACUAAACCUUUCGUGACGAGCAAGAAGUAAUUAUUGGACCUCACAGCGUAGCUGAGCGUAUCGUAAGAAUUUAAUUGAAUUUUGAAUUCGAUGAAUGCAACGGUUAUUCAAAGAACUAACUGAUUGAUUUCCGGUUCACAGCCUCCAAGUUCAUGUGACAUUCGUCCGCCGACUCCUGCUAUUCAAAGUCCUGUCACUUCAAGUUCGAGACUGCCAAAGCCAUGGUUUCAAAGCGAAAUUCUAAAUAUGAUGUAAGUAAACAGAAAAUCGAUCUGGGUUGGUGUCAUAAUCUUAUUUGCCCUACAAACACCAAAGCAUUCGCGCCUACAGUAACGUCCCAGUCUAGUUUACGCGACAAUAACCUCGCGGUCACGGAUAAUUGUUCUACAAACGUGUUUUUGUUGAAGUUCUAACCGCUGUGGAUUUGAUAAUGACCCAUCUAGGCAACCACACUUUGAUAACAAUACUCUCGAUUUGCAAACACAUCGACGUUGGAGGUCGAGCCUCCAAUUGUUUACAAUUGUCUUAAGAGGGUUGAUAGAAGUAUAUGUAUUUGUCCACUCUCGGCGGACUUGCUGCUGUGCAUUUGUGUUGAAAUCGCGGCUCGUUUGUCGCUGUUUUUGAACAAAAAAGCACACCGAAAUGGUGCCGAUUCGUUUGAUAUCAGCUCAUUACAUGGCGGUUUUGUUCUGAUUUCCUGAGGCCAAUUGUUGAAUAGAAUAAUAGGUCUUUAAUUCUGCACGACGUUUUUUGACAGUUUCGGAUAAUGAUUUGCCCUCGGGCCAGGAAGCGAAAGUGCACUCAAGAGGCUUGUACAAUUGACAAAAUAUUUUCCCACGAAGAGGCCGCAAAACGUUUGUGACAAGUGUGAUUAUCACCACAAUAAUGUGGUCGCGGUUUCUCAGAGAAUAGGGUUUAUCGAUAAAUGCACAUUUGUGUGUGAAAACUCAAUUGCGUGAGAACGCGACUGUUUAAGCUUGUUUACUAAAUCGAUGAUCCGUUCGAUUCAAUUAAGGCCACGUGGAGCAGAGCGGAUUGAACAGUGCAAAAGAAUUACAAGACAUUGCCACAUUCUGAGCUGUUGUGAAUAUCUUGUCACGCUAUCUUAUCUCGUAGCAUUCACCAGGGGCUUCACUAUCUCUUUCCCCUCAGACUUGAACUAAAGAUGCAUGUCAAGUCGAUUUGUUGUCAAAUCAGGCAGAAUAUAUAGACGAGACAUGUAAAUUGACCCAAUUAUAGAGUUAUUUUCACCAAGUUAUUUUUAGCGCCUCUGCUUCCACGACGUUUGGCCACGAACAGAAAUAAGCUGUGGUGGACUAACUGUUGUCUCAAAAAUAAACUGACUCGGUAGUACAAUUUUGUAAUUGAUGCAUAUUUUUUAUCUUGGUUUGAAAUCUUUUAUUGUCAUUCUAAGAGAUAAGAAAAUUUUAAUGCUGUUGUUUUACAGCGGAGGACAAGUUUUAACCUUAGCCUCCAUAACAAUUUCAUUACCACAAGGCUUUCCUUCAGCUGGUGCAUGCCAGCAAAUCCGAUUUUAAUAAUACUUCUGACUAAAUUGCAUUUAAAUUUCUCAAAUUUACUAUACGUUAAGGCCAUUAAUUUAACACAAAGAGACUCCUACUGCAAAUGAUUAAAAGAGAAGUGUCAUCAUGCUAUGAGAUUACUUCACUUUUAAAUAACUUAAUUCAUAAUAAAGUAUUAAACUUGUCUGUGGGAUUAAUGCCAUAUAAAGCAGCACUAAAGCUAUUAAAAACUACCCCCCUUAAAAAAGUUUGUGACCUAAGUUUGUGUACUUUAACACCACAAUGUGAUUUAUUUUCCUUACAAAUCCCGGUAGUGAUAUUAAUGUGGUUGAGUUGUGAAUAGGAGGAUCAUGUUCGCAUAUACACUGAAAAUUGCUAAGCAAAAAAGGAAAUUGCCAAUAAAUGAUAUGAUGAUGUGUGCUUAUCUAUUAGUUUUAUUCAAAGUUACAAAGAUUUCACUUUGUAGAAAAUUUGUCAGCAGGGAACUGUUUUCUAAGUCAAGAUCUCGACCCUUUCUCGACCCUAGCAGCUGUCCAAAACCAAAAUUCAGGGAAAAUGCCAAGUUUUAUUUUUAAAGAAAAAUAAAUAAAUAAAUGAAUCAUGUGGUAGGUACUUCAUGUGGAUGGUCACACCAUAGAUAUUCAUUCACAGACCCAACAGCUAGAACUAAAUACCAAUUUAACAGUACCAUGUGAAAGUAAAUGUACUGCUAAAGAGGUUUCUUUUGAAUGGCCACACUAUAGGAUUAAAUUCCCAGAAUCAAAUGUUAGAACCCGGGUGUUAGAAUUAGUAUAAGUAAUAGCAUGAUUUGUAGUGAUAUUUGGCAUAAAUACCACAAGUGAUAUUUUGAAAUUGUUGUACAUAAUUUCACAAAUUUGAGACAAUUUUGAAAUAUCAUGAGUUGUAUUUAUGCCAAAUAUCACGUACAAAUCAUGCUAUUAGUAAUGUUGUUUAUACUACUACCCCCACAAGGUUUGUAAUUUUCACAUGUAGGUAUUUCAAAUUAAGCUGAAAUACCACUGCUCUAAGCCAAUCAAAUGUUAGAAAUUUCUCAUGUAGUAGUAUUACAUAAUAAGUAAAUACUACCAUGUGAAAGUACUGCUGAAGAGGUUUUAUUUGAAUGACUACACAAUGUUAUCUCAUCCACAGAUUCCAAAGUUGGAAUGUCACUUUUCAUAACUUCCACUUUUAACUUUGAGACUGAAAGGGCAAAGUUCUUUUCUGAUAAAGUGGUGGGGCAUAUUAAAAGUUUCCUAGUUUGCCUUAUCAAAAUAAAACAACAGAACAUUAGAUAAUGGCCAAAUCUUUUUGGACUGGCUAAAAAUAAUGCAGGGUGACAGAUGAUAUUUAAAGGAUUGCAAUCAGAGUAAUAACAGACUGUUUACAGAUGAGCAAAAUCAACAGUUGCCUCUUAAAUUAUUAAUAUUGCUAUAGAUUGAAUUAAGUUGAUCAAUUCCUGUGCCAGAAGAUAACACAAUGAAUCAUUGUUAUUUCAUUCCUGAAUGCUUAACAUGUACCAACUGGAUGGAGCUCGGCCACCUCAUUUCCUGAGUAAAGACAACUUGGAGACGACUGGGGACGAGUCAGCCUCAUUUUGGUUUUUCAUAUUCUUCGCAACCUGUGUUAGUUCAGGAAGUGAAUUGGGUGAAUUUUUUUUAAAUGAAGCCUAGUAUUAUUUUAUAACCUAGUUGCUGAUUUUUUUCAUCCUGUGCUUAAGUUAUAGAAAGAAUCAUUUUGAAAGUCACUGAUUAUUUGGUAAUUCAUGUAAUCCUUUUUUUUUUUUUUGCAGUGUAAAUGAUUCCAGUUGUUUUGUUAUUAGAGAAUGAGAAAAUAGGUAGACUAGCCAACUUAAACAAAAACAGUAAAAAAAAGCAAAACUAGCCAACUUAAAAAGCAAACAAACAAACAAAACCAAAGAAAUACAAUGUUUAAUGGCAGCAUAUCCAAUAAGUGUCUACUCAUCUGCCACAUUUUGAGGAGACUGGAAAACCAGAGAGGGUGGAGAAAAAUUGGUGAGAAUAUUCUUUAACCUGGCUGCGUUAAGGGCAUAAACAGAUCUUUUAUUGAAAAGAAAAACAUUUAAUUACUGUUGACCUGCUUACCUGUCAUCAGCUCUUAUUAAACUUUCCUGCUCACAUAGUUAAUCAGUUUUCUGUGGGUCCUGCUUAUGUAAAAUGUCACUAGAGUGGUCAAUCUGCCUUCAGGCAACUCUAAGCAAUCAUGUUUGUCACGAACUGGAGUUUUAUGAGGAUAAUUUUCCCUGGUAGUGAGCUACUUGGGGUUUAUCUGUUGAUGAGUUCUUAAAAGUAGAUUUUGAAGUCCACUAAUUUAGGACCAGUGCUGUGAACUUCCUAUCACAUGGGGGUGGGGGAAGGGGGAAACAUUGUAAGACUUAUACAAAUCAAACAGAAAUAGAAUAUGGCAUGGCAAAAUUCUCUUAUCUGUGUGGCCAUUUAAGAAAUUAUGUCAAAUGUUAAGUUUUUGAACUAUUUGUUUUCUGUGAAUUGGAAUUUGGCCUGUUUUUGUACCUACAUUCCUUGUUGGAGUAGAGAAACUUGAAAAAAAAAGAAUCUCAAACAUCUUUGCAAAGUGUAGCUUAUAAUAAUAUUAAACUUCAAGGGACAUUUUUGCUAAGUGUUGUUUCCUUCUUAAGGACAAUUCAUCUGAUCAUUUAAAAAAAUCAAUAUCUUGCAUGCAAGUGAAAAAUGCAACGAGAAAGGUUAGUUGUCAGACUAGAGGGACUGCAGACUUCUUGGAAUUGGUCAUAAAAACUAAACCAAGAGUACUAAUACUAUGGAUGCAGGUAAAAUUCCUCCAUUCUUUGAUUUAUGUGGGAAAAAGCCAUAUGAAGCAAAGAUUCAAUCCCUAGUGAUGAUUGUAAGUUUAAUGAACUUAAUACUUUGCGUGAGUAUGUUUUCUUUCUAAGGGAGCUAAAGUAACGAGUAAUUCCUUGACCUACUUCAGCUUAUCAUAACCCAGCCUGAUUGUCUCCCACUGUGCUAAAAUGAUUUGCUUUAAGAAGAGAAAUAGUUUUGAUACUUUACGCUGAAAUAUUUCAUUUUAAACUUUUAAUGUGUAGUUAGUUUUUCCUUGCUAAAAUUAGUAGAUCUUUGGUAAGGUGUGUAAUAUUAUGUAUAGUUUAGUGAUUAUUCUAACAAAGUAAACUCUUGCUUGGUACAUCUAUAUUGAUCUGCUUGAUUUGUUAGAUUGGAAUUAAAGUGUGAUUCUUAAUGGGGUGGUAUUUUUGGCACAAAUAAUUUUAAUAUUACUCUCCGCCAUGGCAAUAUUCGUAAUACUAAGCGGUGUCUCUUUCACAGCCAAUACCUUGCACAACCACAAUUUUACUAAAUUUGAGUCAUUAUACCAAACAUUAUUGAGUUUUGUUUGGUCAGUCUGGGUCUCGCGUCAUAAACUGUUAUGAGCGUGCACAAAGAUGUAGGACCCAGCCCAAGCACAAGAGAGAUGAUAUGCAAUGAAGGGUCUUUAGUGAAAACGUGAGAGUUUGCCCCUCCUCUAUUUACUAAAUAAAGAACCUUGACCUUAAGUAGAAGAUAAUGAUGGCAUUUCACCCAGAUUCAAAUUUGUUCGCACAAAGAAAAUCACGAUAUACAUACAUAUCUAUAUAUAUAUGGGUAACCUUCUGCUUGGUUUGGAAUGUUUUCCUGGUGUAUUAAAUAUGGGAAAGUGGAAAAUGGUUGAGUCAUUGUAACUUCUCUCUCUAUCAAGGCAACUGGAAAUGGAAAAUUUAUUAUAAUUUUACUUGAAUGACUACACCCUUGGCUUUUAUUUUAAGACCCAACUACACCCCUUAUUUUUCCAUAAUGGAAUUAAAUUGGAGUAAAAUGGGAAAAAACAAAUGAAAAAGUGAGAUUUAAAAAAUAGUUUUCAGAAGUGUGAUGAGUUUAAGAUAUCUUCAUCUUUGUCAUCUAGUUUCCUUUUGUAAUAUACAUGUGUUACAAUACAGGGAUUAAAAGUUGAACCUUUCAUUUGUUGUUGCCGCUCACCGAGGGUGGUAGAUAAGCCCACAGUGGGAGGUAUUCAAGUGGGCAUGCAGACAGUAUGGUCAUGCUUAUUACUGACGUCGCAAAAGCUAUUCUCUUUGCUCUGUGGAGUGUUAAAUACAUAUGGCUCCAUGGUUAUGGACAUUGACGUUGUUUUUAGCAAAUACUGUUUGUCGGCGGGUACUGAUGCUGUACCUAUUUGUUAUAUUUAUCAAGUACAUGUAUGCGGCAUUAACAUAACAACCACUUCAUCAGUCAUAUAUACUUAACUUAUAUUGCACAACAUCACACCAUGGAUCUUGAUCCUAAAUACUGUGGACAAAAAUUGUAACAGUUUUAAAGUUGCUAAUCGAGAAUAUAAUUCACAUGAAUUGGUUACUGUUUUGCAGUGGACAUAAGCACUCUAACAAUUUGAAAGUUUAUUGUCAAUUAAACAUUGUUAGUUAAUUAUAUUUAAUUAAUUCUUAAUAAUGUGUCUCAGCUCUUUGUAUGGGUUAGUGGUCAAAGUUACAUUCAGAUUGAAAUUUUUUAACCUACUCAUAGAUAAAUUCUAAAUUUCCUGCGUCUCUUAGCCCUUCUUUGUAAAAUAAUUAGUGUUAGUGGACUAAGAAAAUUGAGAAUCAACCGAGGUUAAAAAAAUUUUCACCUGAAUUUAACUUUGACCUGUAACAUAUGCAUGUACAGAAGAAGAUGCUACCAAAUGAGAUAACCUUUGCUUGUUAUCUAGGUAUGCAUUUGGUGAUUCAAGAAAGCCUUCCACACAAUCAGCCACUCUUAUUGAAGAAAUUGUUCAUUCACAGAUGGCAAGCUUGGUAUGAUCUUGAUUUUAUAGAUAUGCAUGUCUUUAUCUUAAUUGAAGGGAUGAUUUAUUGGCUGUUCAGAAUUUCGGAGUGUUUAGUGACAUUUAAGUAUAGGAGGAGGGAAUUUUUAUCGAGUGGUGUCUUGUAAAGACUCAAUUUUAUUUAAACUCUCAAGAAUGGCAUUACGACAUCCCUUAAAAAGAUUUCAAUGAAGCACAAGCUCUCGACAAUAUCAACUAAAACAGUUGAAGCUUAUAUUGCUACCUGCAUAGCUAUAAUGACGUGGAUGCUUAUAAAUGUUGAUAAAUAUUUGAGAAGGUUUUAUUGAAGAGGUCUUCUAGAGCAGGAUCUCCUGAGAAAGUGUUUUGACAGCAGUGGUUGUUAAAGGACAAUUUCCAAGUGCAUGGGGCUUAUUUUAGGGCAUGAUUGGAGUAUUAUAUUAGAGGGUAUAUUAUACAAGGAGAUUAGGAAAGGGAGGUCUAUCAGAGAAUGGGUUUUUGACAGAAGGGAUUUUUUAGAGGAAUGUUUAUUAACACAGGAGGGGUCUAUCAGAGGAGAUCCCAUUUGAGAGAGGUGGUUAAAGGUGGGAUAUACAUAGUUUUAUUAGAGAAAUUAUGGUAGAGGUUUAUUGAGAAGCAAGGUUGUGUCUACAAAAGUGCAGUCCGUUAGAGGGCCUUUUUGUUUUGGGGGGGAGGGAGCUUUUAUGGAGAACAGGGUAUCUGUUAGAGUCUGUGGGUACAUGUAUUUUAGAUAAGUAGAAAUGUCCAGCUCUGGAGAUUUAAAAUCUGUAGAGUAUCUCACCUCAUCCCUGAUGCACACAAUCGACCUACUGACCAAAUCAUAAAGUGGGUGGGGCUCAGGACUUUUCAUGUAAUCCUAUAUGUAGUACAAACCACUUUGUAAGUGAUAAAAUACAUGAUAAGAAUGCUGCCAGUGACCGUAUUCUGAACUUAAAUAUUAAACAAUUUUCAAUUUUUUGGAGAAAUUAUGGGGUAAAUUCCUUUAUAAAGUAUAGUAAAGCUCAAAGUUGAAUUUAUCUGAGUGAUUUGGUGACCCUUGAGGGAGACUGGGACAUCUGUACUGAUGCAGAAGACUCUUGGACCAUCUAGGAGAGUUGGCUCGUAUGGGUAAGGCCUGGUUUAGGAAACUGGUUUAUUAGAGAAGGGGCACGUUGGGAGCUAUUCAUUGCAAAAGAAACUUAAUCGAUAAAGGGGUGAACUCAUCGGUAUUACAGGGAAGCUGAUUAGAGACGGUGGCUCCUUGGAGGGAAUUGAGUGACUAAGCAUAUCUGCCUAACUGCUUUGUAUGAGGAAAAACUGAGUGGAUUUGAAGUAAAACUGACAGAAGGGCCUCAAUAUUACAUCUCAACUGCCUGUAACUACCGAUAUGUUUCAAUGUCCCUUGUACUGGCUGUGACAUCAUCAGUUUUUAUGGGCAUCGAUAACUUUGACACCCAACUUGCGCAUGGGGAAGAGACCUUUUAAGGCAUACCUGAAUGGGUCUGAUCAUUCAGUCAAAGUCAAGAAAAAUCCAAAAAUGGUGUAAAACCAACCAGAAAAUUCCAAUAAAAAUCUUGUUCCACCACUCAUCCCGACUUUCUUAUUAAUCAACAGGUUGUGCGAGCUGCUGAGGUAACAAAUAUGAGGGGUGGAAGAUUCAUGAGUGUUGAAGAUAUCAUUUUUUUGAUGAGGAAAGACAAAGUAGGUUUUAUGUAGAUAUAACAUAACACUCCCCCAUGAAAAUAGUAAUUAUUUAAUAAUUAUUAUUAUUGGAUGAUGCUGAGUAUGAUAUGAAGAAUUAUGAAACUUGAGGAGGGUGUUAUCUGCCAAGGCCAAAGACCAAGGGAGAUGAUGCUGUAUGAGAUCUGGUUAUUUCAUCCAUCUAUUUACGUGUAGUAUCCAUUCAUCCAUCCAUCCAUCCAUCCAUCCAUCCAUCCAUCCAUCCUUCUGUCCGUCCACCCCUCCCUCCAAUUGUCUGUCCAUCCAUCUAUGUUGCCUAAAACCACGUGAAAUACAUUUAUAAUUUACAGUACACAAUAGAUUUAUAAAAUAACAAAGAUGCUAAACACUAUUCUAAAUUAUUUACAAAAUGUUCAAAAUUGUAUUGGUAAGGAAUCCUAUAUAGAAGCUGAGGACUUAUUAACUAUAGGCUUCUUCAUACUAUAUGAAAGGAGAAUUCAAUGACUAUUGUAUUAUUGAUUAAAAAAUUUGCCAGGCUCAUUACAUCCUUACCGCUAUGUACAUUGUAGCAUUCUCAUCUUUAAAACAUUACCUUUUCCUUUACAGAUUCAGAAUAUAAAUGCACACAUACCUUCUUGACGUCAUCAUUUUAACUGAUUACAGACAGCUUUGACAUGUACAGGAGGAAAAGAUCUUUCAAACGAAAGUUGAAUGGGCAUAAAAAUACAAAGAUUCCCUUGAAAAUCUAUUUCCACUACUCAUCUGCACAGUUUCAGUUUUUCUAAUCCUAUGAUUCUAAAAGCAUUAGUUGUCCUUUAAAACUUUCUCCACAGAAAAGAAAUAAAAACAGGGCAAGAAAAUACGAAAAAAAAAAAAAAAAAAAAGAAAGAAAAAAAGAGGGUAGAGGAAAAAGCAAAACAUAAAAGUCAAUGGUGAAGUGAAACUUUUAAACCUGACAACUCGAUUUUUUUUAUGUACGUGCGUGAGCUUUGAGGUGGAUAUUUAGCAGAAGCCAGAAGCCACAAACUGCUCAAAUUACAAACAGUGUUAUGGGUAGACGUGGUUGUUGUUCCUUUUUGGCGGGAUUAGUGACCAGAAAAUUGCUUGAAAAGCUUCAAAAGGCCUUUCAUGAGUGAACGUGGUAAACCUUCAAGACUUUUCUCAUUACAAGCUUCUGAAUCCCUACUUGAGUGCAAAAGAGGUUUGCUCUUCCCCAAACGCUGAGAAAAAGGUCUAAUAUGCCUCAUGGGGAUGAAGUUUUCCUCACAUAGCAGCGUGCAAAGAAAGUAGUGUCCAAUAGCCUGGGGCUAGGGGAUUUUGCUAUCAGGCUAGUGAAUUCUGUUUUUAACUUGCCUGACGGGCAAGUGGUAUUUUUUGAGGAAUUUGAUUAAUAGAAGAACUGUGAAAUCAAUUCUGCUUGUCAAAAAGCUUUUGGGGCUAGUUGAAAUGAUGUCAGCUUGCCCGAAUGGCAAGCUGUAAAAAUGAUUUUCUUUGCACCUUGUGUAGCCUGAGUUGAGAAAGAUAUCGGGACAGAUUGCUCAGUAUCUACUGAUUUUGCACUGUAGAGUAUAUAACAAGAGUUAAGUAAGUUAUCGUUGUGUUAUAGGAAAAGCUUAGGAGGUUAAUCAGAUAUAUGAACUUCAAGGACAUGAAGAAUAAAUCCCAGAAACAAACAUCUCAAGAUGAUGAUGAAGUCUUGGAAGCUUCAGGUUAUUUAUUUUGGUAAAUUUUAGUCCAUGUAUGUGUUUGUCAGUAUACACCUGACAUUGGGGUAUAGAAUAUUAAAUUCUAGAUUUUACAAGACUGUGUGACUUUACAAGACUGUGGUUUCAAAAUUCGAGACUGAAAGUUUUCUGAACCCAAGACUUUGCUUCUAAAAAAUCCAAGCUAGAGACUAAGUGCCGAAAAUUUUGAGAUAAUGGUACAAAUAAAUCAGAGCUAAAUAAAAUGACCAAAUAUACCAGUGGAAUCCAGGGGAAGCACACCAAUAUCCUGCUUUGUCUUCUUUUACCGUCUUAAUCUACUACCUCAGUUCGAUAACAUGUACCCAUAAACUCUGAAAAGUUUGACUUCUGAGGGCAAAUUUGAGACUCUGAUACCCACUGGAAAAAAAUUUGGACUCCAAGAUGCAAGAAUUGCCCAAAAAUGAGACUUCUGAGACUCAUCAAAAAUGCUUCUGAUAUUUUGAGAUUGGGCCAAAAAUUUUCUGUGACCCAUGUUUUUUGAGGUACCAUUCUAUACCCCUGACUACGUAACAGAGGUCGGUGAAUGCAGCAUUGGGAAAGCAUCUACUUUAAUAGUGCUUCAGCACUGUCUUAUUUAAAAGAAUUAGUGUUAGUAGAACUAUAAUGUGGUAGCUACCAAAUCUAAUGUCUCUUUACCUUGUGCUUUGUAAGCUUUGCACACCAUUGCGUACUGAUGAUGAUGACCGUAGAGAGGAGAAAUCGUCAUGUCACGUUGCUUUGGUAGCAAAAUUUCUGGAUGACAGUAAACUGAAAAUAUCACUUAAAAAGUGAAUUUGCACUGUUUUAAACUUCAUCAAUCUUAUUAAUUUAAUUUGUCAAAGCAUCAAAUUUGUGUGGAGUUGAAUCUUAAAUGACCAUGUCUAAGUUUAGAAAAAAAAAAGAAAAUUUUUGUGUCGUUUUAACGUGCUCCAUGAAGCGGGCACGGGGAAAAAAGAAAUUGUCAUGUUGUAUAAUGACGGCUAAGAAAAGUACAAAAAAGCAUGAUGCAUGUGCAAAGUUGUUGUUUUUCUUAAUAAACCUAUUGCUUUUUUACCAUUCUUGUUGUGGUUGUCAUUGUCAUUGCUUAAGCUCCCUAUUGUUGUGAUCCAGAAAUUUUGCUACCAUGGUUAUGUUUUAGCUGAAUUUUUGUUGAAGGAAAUUUUUUGUCUCUUGUUGCAGCCAGUGAAAUGAAAGGGAACAAGAGGCGGAAGGUUUGUUAUGACUUCAUCAGCUCAAUAGAUCAAACAGGUAAAUAAACAUUAUUUAAGAAAUCAGUUGAGCAGAAUGGAAUUUAAUUUGAAAGUAAUUUACUGCCUUAGCUAACACUUGAAUAAACCAAUAGCAGACUAAUAGGGAGGGGGUACAGUUCUAACACUACAGCUGUACAUGUAUACAUGUGUUUGAUCCUAGCAAACUGGGAUAGAACUCCAGUCUUGUGGGUAUUAUGUGGCCUCAGGGGUUACUUUCCGUGAAGUAACAAAGCUUGUUGGUGUUUAAUUACACAAAAACAGGGAUACCCCUGGACCUCAUGUUUGCCCUGUGAAGUCGUAAUACUACCAGCUGCUUCAUUCUUCAAAAACUGGGAUAACACCUGACCUAUUGGGUACCCUGUGAAGUAGUAAUACCCCCAGUUGCUUAAUUCUACAAAACCUUGGAGAACACCUGACCUCUUGGGUACCCUGUGAAGUAGUAAUACGCCCAGCUGCUUCAUUCUACCAAAACUGGGAUAAUGCGUGACCUCUUGGGUUCCCUGUGAAGUAGUAAUACCCCAGCUGCUUUAUCCUUCAAAAACUGGGAUAACGCCUGACCUUUUUGGUACCCUGUGAAGUAGUAAUACCCCCAGCUACUUCAUUCUACAAAAACUACGAUAACACCUGGCCUUUUGAGUACCCUCUGAAGUAGUAAUACCCCCAGCUGCCUCAUUCUACAAAAACUGGGAUAAUCCCUCACCUCUUGCGUGCCCUGCAAAGCUGUACACACCUAUAAGGCCCAUUUAUAGCAGUACUACUCCUCCUUACAUGGUUUGUAGUGGAACCCUGGGACAUCACGUGAUUCACAUGGGCAGAUGGAGAAUCUCUGAACAUGUCUGUAAUCUAGUUGUGUCUUUUCUUUUGCACACCUCCACUCCUUACCAUCCUGUAUCCGAUGCAGCCAUUUUGGAUUAUUAUUUUUAAAAAUACUAAAUAUAUUGUGUUCAUAUCAGGAAAGAAAAUGCCUAAUGCCCUUUUUUAUUUUCAGGGGAACUGGUUGCUUUGUUUGAUGAUGAUGAUGUAGAUGAAGUAAAGCAAGAAAGAAAUGAGGUGGAUAAGCUUUAAUUAUUUUUAUUUUGUUUUUCAUUUUACUUUUCAUAUUUUGCUGUGACACUUAUAAGAUCCUUUGUUUGUUAGAGAGCAGAACGUUUAUCACGGACGCUGGAUCCUCAACAAUAUAUGGAGUUUACAGAGUGUCGACAGGCAAACUUUAGUAAGUAUUGUUGUUAAUUAGUUGUGGUUAACUUUCUUCUGUAUCUGUCUUUUUCCCCUUUAUUUUCUUACCUCCUCAGUGGUAAAGAAAAAAAACCUAAAAAUAA